AUGGCAGACCUUUCUGAAAACAAAAAGCCAACUAUCUCUGAGCUGUAUUGCAAAUGCGAACAGUCCUUCGAGAAAUUCACGAAUUCUCUGAAAUCUAAAGACUGUUUCAUAACCCGGUUCGGGUUCAUUAAACCGUCAAAAAUACUGGAUGCUCAGACAACGUUUUUGAACUGGAGAAGAGAGCACAAGGCCAACCUCCCUGUACAAUCUCCGGGCUCACUAGAGCACAGGCUUCGGUACGAUGUAAUGGAAGAAUACAGAGAAUUGAUCGAAGAAAACCUCGGGCGGCUCAAUUCAAGUCUUGAUACACUCGUACUCUUGGGCCAACGGAAGUACGAUCCUACUGCCGUUGAGUCGAACGCCUAUUUUGCUAGAAUUGCAAAGGACCUCAAAGAACUGGGCCAUCUGUCGCCCGACUUAUGCGAUCUGGAAGAAGUGAGUGACUCAGAAGACAGCCCCGGGGAUACUGAAUCCGAGAAUCCUGAAUCCGAGGAUACUACAUGGGAUGUUGGAACUGUGGUGAAAGUACGAGUGGCGGCAGGCGUAUCGAAAACCCAGGUUGGUCUUUUUGAUGGGUUUACCAAGCUGCUCUAUAACUAUACUGGUCACCAUGAAGAACAGAUAGCAAAGAAACAACGGGAUUGGGAACCCGAACUGGACAAGAUUUUGGAGAUGGUGCGUCAAUGGCGCGCCUUGGCCAACGUUGGCCAGAAUAUCAACUUGAAUGAAGAGGCUACGGCGAGCAACUCUAUGGAUGAUAUCAUGUGGUUUUGCGAACGACUUGCCUUAGCUAACGCGACAAGGAGAGAAGUUAUUCAGGACCCUAACGAUAUUUUACAUCGUCUGAAUAAGUCGCGUCAGAACUGCAUUUCAUUGGACAUGGACACAUCAUUGAUUGCUCCGUACAUCUGCACUUCCCAAAACUGCUCUACGCCUUGCGAUUUAUACGAAGGAACCCGUGAGUGGAGGCACCACGAAAUGAAUAAGCAUCGCUUCCGGUACAUUUGCUGUAAAUGCUCAGAGUUCACAACCGCUAAUUCGGUCAAGAUGUCCACACAUCUCCGGGAGCAGCAUGACUGUGAGUUCGGCGAGGAAAAUGACGCUUUGAAGCUGAGCUUCUAUCCUGGCACAAUAUAUGAGAACAAGAAAGAUACCUGUCUUAUCUGCCUUACGGAACAUUCAUUGGCGGAUCUGUAUGACCAUCUUGCAGGUCACAUGGAGGAUAUUGCUCGUCUGGUUCGUCCCAGUCCUGACGCCAACACGGAGGCCCUCGAAGCCCUUAGCCUCAAUGACAACAGCAAAUAA